AAUCCGAUACCCACACAACUCAAUAACAUCGUGCGUGACUCUCAAGCGAGCAAUUUCCAAAACAAUAACCUCAGCUCAACAAUGGCAGAACCUAAGGUUAAGCACGAUCGCCAACUCAGAAUAUGGGGUGACCAAGGACAGGCAGCCCUUGAGAAAUCUAAUAUUUGCUUGCUUAACUGUGGUCCUACCGGUUCUGAGACACUUAAGAAUCUCGUUCUUGGUGGGAUUGGAAGCAUCACUGUAGUUGAUGGAUCUAAAGUUGAAGUUGGUGACCUUGGAAACAAUUUUUUGGUCGAUGAAUCAAGCCUUGGGCAGUCAAAGGCAAAAUGUGUGUGCUCAUUUCUCCAGAAGCUGAAUGAUGCAGUUAAAGCAAAAUAUGUAGAAGAGUAUCCGAAUGCAUUGAUUGAGACAAAUCCAUCAUUCUUUUCUCAGUUUACUUUGGUUGUUGCCACGCAGCUGGUGGAAAGUUCAAUGGUAAAGCUUGACCGAAUCUGCAGGAAUGCAAAUGUUAUAUUGAUCUUUGCCCGCUCCUAUGGCCUUACUGGGUUUGUACGAAUCAGUUUGAAGGAGCAUACUGUGAUUGAAUUAAAGCCUGAGCUUUUUCUGGAUGAUCUUCGAUUGAAUAAUCCUUGGCCUGAACUAAAGAGGUUUGCAGAGGGGUUUGACUUGAACGUGCAAGGUCCGGUUGUUCAUAAACAUAUACCAUAUGUUGUCAUUCUUGUCAAGAUGGCUGAUGAGUGGGCCAAAAACCAUGGUGGUAGGCUUCCAUCAACUAGAGAAGAAAAAAAGGAGUUCAAGGAGCUUCUUAAGGUUGGGAUGGUUGCACAAGAUGAAGAUAAUUAUAAAGAAGCUAUUGAGUCCUCAUUCAAAGUAUUUGCCCCCCGAGGAAUUAGUUCAGAGUUGCAACAGAUGCUAGAUGAUAGUUCUGCGGAAGUAGAUUCUAGUUCGUCGGAUUUUUGGGUGUUGGUGGCAGCUCUAAAGGAUUUUGUUACAAAUGAAGGUGGUGGAGAGGCACCUCUUGAAGGAUCUAUACCAGAUAUGACUUUUUCCACUGAACAAUAUGUGAAUUUACAGAAUAUAUAUCAGGCUAAGGCUGAGGCUGACAUUCUUGCAAUAGAAAGAGUGGCGAGAAAUACUUUGAAGAAAAUUGGUCGAGAUCCAAACAGCAUUCCAAGGGCAACAGUUAAAAGCUUCUAAAAAUGCAAGAAAACUCAAAGUUUACAGAUAUCGCCUGAUUGAAGAUGAGUUUAAUUCUCCAAACCUACCGGAGUUACAGAAGUACUUAACAGACGAGGAUUACAGCAUUGCUAUGGGAAUUUAUAUUUUACUUCGUGCUGUUGACCGGUUUGCUGCUAACUACAACAGUUUUCCUGGACAGUUUGACAGUG